AUGACUCGAAUCGUCUCCUUCUCUGUGCUCUCUGUCGUGUUUCUCGACGCCGUUAUUGGUGGCUUUGUGGACUCUGCGGCUGACAUUGCUAGUGCAUACGAUUUCAUCGUUGUCGGAGGCGGAACCGCAGGCAAUGUCGUUGCCAAUCGCCUCUCGGAAGACCCCCUCAUCCAGGUACUCGUCAUUGAAGCUGGCGGAUCCAACGAACGCUUAAAUGGGAUCGAGAUGCCAUUUCUGCUCGCCCCUGCGUUUGAUACUACUUAUAGCUGGAAUUUUACCACCGUUCCGCAGCCGGGGCUGGGAGGGAGAUCUCUUCCCUUUGCGCGGGGCUUUGUCCUGGGAGGAAGUUCUUCGAUCAAUGGGAUGAUAUACUCUCGAGGUUCAGCUGAGGACUACGAUGCCACAGCACAGCUGACCGGGGACGAGGGCUGGGCUUGGGACAACCUCCAGCCGUAUAUUCGGAAGGCGAGUUUGAACGAACGGUGGGCUGAGCCUGUGGACAACCACCCAACCUCCGGGCAAUUCAACCCGACGGUCCAUGGCUUGGCUGGGAUCACUUCCGUCUCUCUGCCCCCUCUCGCCAAAGCCUUAGAUCGGCAAGUGACGCAGACAACGGAAGAGAGCCCCGAGUUUCAGUUCAACUUAGACACGAACUCGGGGAAUCAGCUCGGUAUUGGCUGGUUGCAGUCCACCAUCACUUCCGAAGGGAGGCGCGAUAGCUCGGCGACUUCGUACCUUGGCCCCAGCUUCAUCAGUCGACCGAAUUUGCAUAUCCUACUGAAUAGUCAAGUCACACGACUGCUGCCGGCCAGCGACGAAAGCGACGAUGACACUUCUAUCUUCGAUCUCACAGAUACGCCAGGCACAGCGGGGCCAAAGCACGUCGUAACAGCUAAGAAGGAAAUAAUCCUUUCCGCUGGUUCCAUCGGUACCCCUCACAUCUUGCUUCACUCUGGAAUUGGCGAUAGAGACGAGCUAUCUAACUUGGGGAUCUCACCAACACACCACCUCCCCGGGGUUGGUAAGAACCUCACCGAACAACCUGCAGUCAACAAUGUCUGGCUUGUCGACUCCACUAGUAACGAUCCCGACGUUAGUGGCCUCCCAGCCGGCUUCUUCACUCACAUAGGGUUUUUGAGGAUUCCUGAUAAUGCAAGCAUCUUCGAGACGGUGGAAGAUCCUGCGCCUGGACCAAAUACAGCUCGCAUCGAAUUCAAUAGUGUUGUGGUUGACCCCAUAAGCAGCGUUGGUUCCCUCUCCAUCACCACCAACGUCCUUACUCCAAUAUCGCGCGGUUCGGUCACGCUGAACUCGUCAGACCCACUCGAUGAUCCACUGAUCGAUCUCGGGCUUCUGGAACACGAAUUCGAGUCGUUCACUAUGCGCGAAGCCGUACGUGCUGCACAACGCUUCCUCGACUCCCCUGCUUGGGAUGACUAUAUCAUUGGGCCGUCUGAGGCCCUUGCUUCGGUAGACUUCAAGAAUGAUAGCCAGCUGAACGCGUAUGUACGGAAAAAUGCUGCACCUGCGCUGCAUCCAGUCAGCACGGCCGCCAUGUCCCCGUAUAAUGUCUCUUGGGGUGUUACGGAUCCAGAUUUGAAAGUCAAGGGUGUCCAAGGUGUUCGCGUUGUUGAUGCAUCUGUACUCCCGCUGAUCCCAUCCGGACACACGCAAGCACCCGUGUACAUUAUUGCAGAAAGGGCAUCCGAUCUAAUCAAGCUUGCCUGGAACAUAACCGUGUAA